AUGGCUCCAAAUAGAGCCAGCGAAACGGUGGUCGAGGCAUCGGCAGAACGGGAAUCGUCAUCUCACGUCGACGAGCUCAGCUUGAAGACGGCCCAGCGCUCCGGAAAAGCCGCCAUCGCCGCCGACGGCUCGGGAUUAUUCGAGGACGAGUUAACUCGAGAGGCUGCGCUUACGGCCCUGACUGCGGAAGAAGAGAAGCGGCUCCUGCGAAAAGUCGAUUGGCGCCUGAUACCACUGCUCUGCACGCUAUACCUCGUGAAGAAGCUGGAUGAAAACAAUGUUUCCAAUGCCCGAAUCAUGAACAAGGGCACGGAUCGUAACAUCCUAACCCAGCUCGGUAUCACGUCUGACCAGUUCGGCAUGGUCACGGUUCUAUACACUGUGCCUUACAUUGUGGCCGAAAUCCCCUCCAAUCUGCUGUUGAAAAAGUUCAAACCAUCACGCUGGCAAUCUAGAAUCAUGUUCUCAUGGGGUCUCGUCACUGCUUGUACCGCGGCAGUCAGCAACCUCGGUGGUCUUUACGCUUGUCGCUUUCUUCUUGGUUUGACCGAAGCGGGAAUGUUCCCCGGUAUCAUUCUUCAACUAUCCUACUGGUAUCGGCCUGACGAAAUCGCUGUUCGAUUGAUUUGGAUAUGUAAUGUUGCAGGUAUUAUCGGUGGUCUUUUGGCCUAUGGCUUCCAUGCUGUUUCGGGGGCCGGGGGACUGUCUGGCUGGCAAUGGCUGUUCGCCAUUGAGGGGGCUGCCACUGUGGCUCUGUCCAUCCUUGUCUACUUUACCCUCCCUGAUUGUAUGUAUAAAAUGUCCAGGCACCCUCUCUUUGUUUCACCUUUGUACCCAAAAGCAGCACAGCUGACAUCAUCACCAGUCCCUGGUAAUACGAAAUGGCUAUCCCCCGUCGAGAAAGCGUUCCUUCAGGCCCGCCUGCCACCCAACGCCCCCCGCUCAUCAGAGAAGAACUUUGUCUUUAAGGAAGUUCUGCACAGUCUCCGUGACAAAAGGCUUUGGCUGUUUACUCUCAGCUGGGCUCUGAUGACGAGCGGAAAGAACGGUAUCGAUUUCUAUCGACCUACUAUCAUUUCCAACAUGGGUUUCAGCGAUAUUGCUACUGCCCAGGUCUUGAACAUCCCUACGUCUUUCUUGGCCAUUAUCCUGAUCCUCGUCUUGGGUUACGCGUCCAACACAGUAAGGAUCCCAAUUCCAAUCUAUCCUAUUGGGUGCACAAUCGUCAUCAUUGCCAUGUACUCAAUCCUCGUGGUAUAUCCCAACGACAUCGGCGUGUAUAUUGGAAUGAUGAUUGGAAUUGCCUGUGGUACCGCCUGGUUCCCUCUUAUGUGGCCAUGGCGCGCUCAAACCGUCAACGGAGCCACCGGCUCUGCGUUUGCGAUUGGAUUUGUCAACAGUUACGGACAGGUUGGUGAUGCUAUUGGGCCUCAGAUGUUCCAGGAAAAGUACGAGCCCCGAUAUCAACUGCCAUUCGGUCUCUCCAUGGCCCUUAUCGCUCUAUGUGGCAUUGUGAACGGAGUGACAUGGUGGGUUACUCGGCGGACGGAGAGUGACACGCGGAAGCACAAGCUGGCUAGGCGGAAGGCUAGGGAAAAUAACGAGGCGGUCCUCGACGAUGUUCUGGACCGGGACUUUAAACCCGCAUCGCACAGCGUUUGA